CCGCGACUAAAACCUACUUAAAGUCGACACUUCAAACCUCAAAGUUCUCUUUUGUUGGUAUUCUUGGAAAGGAAGUGUCUGAAUUUCAGAAACACAAUAAUGCUGCAUAAUAUGGUUAUAUUCUUAAUUUCUUUUGUGCUAUUUAGUGGCUGUGAAUCGAAGGUGCAGUUACCAAAGAACUUGGUUGUAAAAGCAGUAUUUGCAUUUGGAGAUUCAAUAGUGGAUCAGGGAGCUAAUAAUUAUAUAGCCACACCAGCAAAGUGUAAUUUUCUACCUUAUGGUAAGGACUUCAAUGGUGGAAUGCCGACCGGAAGAUUCUGCAACGGCAAGACGCCACCGGACUUGAUAGCGGAAGAAUUGGGGGUAAAAGAGUUUGUGCCAGCUUACUUAGAUUCAAAUUUGAACAGCGAAGAUCUCAAAACUGGAGUAAGCUUUGCAUCUGGAGGUUGUGGAUUUGACCCUUUAACAUCUACCACGGCGUUAGCCAUACCUCUAUCAACACAAUUAACUCAGUUCAAAGAGUAUAUUGGAAAGCUAGAACGAUUCGUUGGAGAAGAAGAAGCCAAUUAUAUUUUGGAAAAUAGCCUUUUUCUGGUGGUUGCUGGCAGUGAUGACCUUGCAAAUACAUAUUUCACUGCCGGAAUUCGCCUGACGCAGGAUCUUAACUCAUAUACAGAUCUCAUGGUGGCCAAAGCUUCUGAAUUUCUCCAAGAAUUGUACAAUUUAGGAGCAAGAAAAAUUGGGAUUUUUGGAAUUCCACCAAUAGGGUGUUUGCCAUCGCAAAGAACACUAGCUGGAGGGCUAGAUAGAACAUGUGCUAAGGAGUACAAUCAAGCAGCACAAUUGGCCAACAGAAAACUCUCUAUGGGCAUUGAGGAGUUGUCCAAAAAGUUGCCUCAGUCUAAGCUGGUUUUCAUCGAUAUCUAUAAUCCUCUUCUUGAUCUCAUUGUCAAUCCCAAAAAAUAUGGAUUGGAAGAAGUUGAGAGAGGGUGUUGUGGCACGGGAAUAAUAGAGGUGACAUUAUUAUGCAACACAUUCAGUGGAACAUGUGAAGAUGAUACAAAAUAUUUGUUCUGGGAUAGUUUUCAUCCCACAGAGCAAGGUUACAGGAUUCUUGUCAAUCAGAUCGUAAAAAAAUACAUCAACAGUUUCUUGUAGAUGAUGAUCAGUGCACUCAAGAUGAAGAUGUGUAAAGGUCAAGAAAAUGUGUUCAACUAAUCCGUCCUCUUGUGCUUCUUUUCUUGAUGCAUUGAUAAAGCUUUACCUCAUAAAAUAAGGCACUGAAAUUAAAGUCUUUGUCAUUGUUUCAUAUACGUAUAUCCAGUAGUGUUUAUGUGGGAAUUUUUAAAUUGAAUGAAAAAUGAAACUUCUCCAUGAGAA